AAGCCACUGUUCCCGUCGCAGCGCGCGAGCUACUGUUCCGUCUCUACAAGAGUUGCCCGCCCCUUGCCGGGGUCCCUCCGCUAGUCGGGCCAAGCAGGCUGCCAGCAUCGCAGAGUCCAACAAGUUUCCAGGCGGCGAGUGCCAGCACACACACACACAGAUGGCCCGUGAACUUCAUCGGGUCGCUACUGUUCUUCCGCAUCUCUCACCUGCCCACGCCUGCGCGUUGCUCAUCUGUUAAUCAUUUGCCUUCGGUAUCGCCUCCGAUCCGCACUGUGCCCUUGUCAGCUAAUUUUAGCCACUGCACGCAGGGUCCUGCUGAUUCGGGAAAAAAUGUUUGCCAACUCUCCUUUUUGUGUGUUUUUAUUCACAUAUAGCAUCAAGCAGUGAAGUACUUAUACUCAAAUCAGAUGGAAACUUUCUUUCAAUGACAGUUGUUUUAUUAUUGUUUACAUCGUUUGAUUAAGUUUAAAUACAAGAAAGUCGUGUAUUUCAGACAAAAUAAAUUCAUCCAACUGAAAAUACUUUUUAAUCGUGAAGCAAAAUUCAUUAGGUGAGAUCCGAUGGUUUGUGAUUACUUGUUUUGUGGUUUGAGAAGUACAGCAGAUUCAGUGAUCGUGUUUGUAAGAGAGAUUGCAUCCCUGUGAUACGACCUCCAGUCCGUUGCCCUGACGAUGGGGUUUGUCGACUACCUCUCGUCGUCACGCAGGAUAGUGUAAACACGUGACUGCACGCGCUCCUGACGGUUUAAAGUGUCGCGCGUGCUACGUUCUCGAAGGAUUGUCUAGUCCAGGAACCUGCAAAUGCCGUGACUGGGGUGAAAGGAAUUUUCACAGUAUAACUUUGUGGACGUGUACCUGAGCAGACAGAGGCUCCCCACGACUCUCACGAUGGAAACUGAGCUCAACAUCACCAUGCUGCUGACCUCGUCGUCCCCGCCGUCCUUCAGUCCACCUACCCCAGUGUGGUGCACCAAAUAUCUGCGGGCACGUUAAGCCAACUGAAGCUUGGCGUCACUUCCGGCUCCAGAAGCACCGACCUGCUGGAGCUGGCUCUCAACGACAGCAAUUCAUCAACAUCUUCCGUGCUGAUGCAGGCUCCCACAUUUAAUGAGGUGAGCCUGACCAAAGCCGUUGUCUUCGGCGUCAUGUUCGUCAUCUCCUUCAUCGGCAACACAGCGACGUUGAUGCAGAUGUACAGACUGAGGAGACGAAAGUCGACUAUCAACACACUCAUCGUCAACCUCGCGCUUGCAGACCUUCUGGUCACCUUCUUCUGCAUCGCUGGCGAGGCCAUCUGGGCGGCCACCGUGCAGUGGCUUGCUGGAACCUUCACCUGCAAAUUGGUCAAGUACAUGCAGGUGUUUGCGCUGUACUUGUCUACAUACAUCACCGUAGCCAUCAGCCUCGACAGAUGUGUGGCCAUCUUGGAUCCGAUGAGGAGAAACGGAGCCACCUACAGGGUUCGAGUAAUGAUUGGUCUGGGAUGGGUGUUCAGCGCCAUCUUCAGCAUUCCACAGGCGGUGGUGUUUCAUGUCAUGCGAGGACCGUUCCAGGAGGAGUUCUACCAAUGUGUCACUUUUGGCUCCUACAAAGAAGAGUGGCAGAGACAGUUGUACUCAAUAGCCUCCCUUCUUCUCAUGUUUGUUGUGCCCCUUGUAAUCAUCGGUACCGCCUACGGCCUCAUCUUUACUACCAUUUCACGCAAGUCGCGUGAAGUUUCAGUCUUGGACAGCUUGAACCCUCUGAACAGACGCAAGGCGCUGAUAACUGUGCUCCGUCACUAUGGUCACGCGUGUCUCUGUGGGGAAGGAUGCGACCCCAAACUCUCCAGAGAAGAGUCCAUUGUCUCCUCCUGUUCAGGCGACGUCAAUGGAAGAGGCCCCGUGCGCAGUAACCUUCUGCGCAGGGCGAAGCGGAAGUCGCUGCGGAUGUCAGUGGUAAUCGUCCUGGCCUUCAUCAUCUGCUGGUCCCCAUACUACAUUAUUUUCAUCUGCAUCACCUUCUUGGACUGGCAGGAGAUCGACCCGCGGACCUUACUCUGGUUCUCGUUCAUCGGUUUGUCCAGUUCAAUGCUCAACCCAAUCAUAUACGGAGCCUUCCAACUUUGCAAGGUGCAUAAACCCAGGUCAUGGAGAAAAGGAGAAUGGCCCGGCUCCUCGUUAAAGGAGAUGGCCAAGUUCCGCGGCGCCCACUCCUCCAAGCCCCUGCUUGCCCCCCACCUCGCCCCACACGACACACGUGCUAACUGCCUGUCGUCUGCCACGUCGUCGGCCAGCUCCAGGGGCCGCCUGGUGACCGAGUGUCGCUGCGAGUCCUGCGCGCAGGAGCGACGACGACAGCUGAUGACGUCAUCACCCUUGCCGGACACGUGGCUGCGCAACGGACCCACCGGGGUCGUCCGGGAGGAGUGCCGUAGAUUCGGACACAAGCACCUUUUGCCUGGAGAUGUAAAGCGAUGUUGCUUUUUCCAUUCUUGCUGACUGCUGUGAAGUUUCCACAGACAAGGAAUAAAAUUUGUGUGUGUGUGAGAGUGAGAGAGAGAGAGAAGCAGUAAGAAGAUGAGUGUCAGAGUGAUUAACAUGUGAGAAUGGUCAAACGGUGAACCAUGUAUUUUUCUUGAUGAACUCAAACUGAAAUAAAUAUAAUGGUCUUAGAGUGAAAAGUUGGACACUCAAGUUUAUCUUAUUUUUAUUUGACAGGAUUACCGAUAUUUCAAAAAGUUUAUUAUGAUCCUGAACAAUGAAAUGCCAUAUUGGUUAUGUACUUCUGUUUCUAGUCAUUGUCGUCCAUAGAUGACUCUUGGUUUACAGCUGUGAUGGAGCUAAUUCCACUGAGAUUAUGUGUAAUUGAUAUUGCAUUGACGGACCAGCGAUUGUCGAUUUUUUUCCCUCUUGUGACCAGAAAUCAGUCAGUGGAUAACCGUGAAGAAUGUUACUUUGUGUUCUUUGUUUGAAAUUCUUCUUCGUACAAUUUUGAAAGGUUGAACAAUGAAAUUAUAAUAAUACUUUUCAUGUAAAUAUCAAUAUAUUUUUGUUUGUUUUCUUCAUUGACCUUAGUUUGCUCAAUGAGCAAAUGUCUGCCGAAAGAAGUUUGGCUUAAUUUGAGUUAGCAGACAAUUUAUUGCGGGUAUUCAGAAUAAAUGCAUCGCACCAUUGACUGGUAUUGUUCACAAUCACUUCUCUGCCUUGCUUCAACAAUCUUUCAAAUCCAGACCUUCUGUGCAAAAGCUGGAAUCUCCUGUAAAGAAAGCCUGAUGGUUGUCACUUUAUCAGACGGGUGAACUGUACUGUUGAUAUUUUUAUUGCUGUGUGAUGGGGCCCUAAAAGCCUACGUGCUUGAAAACGCUUUCACUCCUUUGGUAUUGAAAUGUUCUUUUGCCACAGAGACGAAAACAUAACAUCACUUAAAGGAUAAGCGUUGCCAUCUGUUUUCUUAAUGGGGUUAGCCAGUACACUUGUGCACCAGACUUUGAGGAAUGCCAAUGGAUUUGAAAUAAUCUUGGCGAGGACAGAAUGUGAGGGAGUGCGAGAAAGAUAUGACGAAACUUUUAGUAUUUUAUUAUGUUCUAGUAUUUAAAAUGAAAAAACUGCUGGGAAACAUUCUGAAAAUCUCAUACUUUAAAAUCGUGAAACAUAAAUUGUCUCUGUAUUUAGUUUUAAGUUGCCAGGACUCAAAGCAUUUAAUGUUCUGGGACACUUUGUAUGGAGUAUGAUCAAUUGUUUUAUUGUUCUCUUAUUUUGAAAUUGUCUUAUUCGUGAUAACUACAGUCUUUCUUACUGAUGAUGGGUACAGAAGUGCUUUCUUAGAAUCUUCUUUUCAUCAGCCUUUUGGACAAUAUAGUAAAGAAUUAACUUUUCAUUAGGGAGGAUGUCCAAUAAAUUUUCAAGGAAUACAAGAUUCAAAAGAAGAAGUCCUCAAGAACUGCUGCCUUUAUUCUAUAAGAGACUAGAUGAAGCGGAUGAAGCUUUGUCAAAGUCGUCCUAAGGUGUAACAAGAGAUGUCCAAGAACUUUGGCUUUUAUUCCUGGAGAUAAUGCGUCCUUCCGGCGUUGCCAGAGUUUUUCCAGAAAAGACUUCUCACGGAAGACUCCAUUGGACACAGUUCCCUUUUUCAAUCUGACAAUUUGGACAGUGAACAUUGUCACCAGAAAGCCGACAAAGAAAAGACUUUGAUUAUGCAAAGCUGCAUGCGUGAUGUCGUGUAUCACAAUUAUUACUGCACUUGAGGUAAGGGUUAGCAUUCGCGAAAUAAGAAUUAAUUUGAAUUAUUUGAAAGAAGGUGUUAAGCUUUUUUGUUGUGUAAUUUUACAUGCUUUGAAUGUAUACAAUCUUGCCUUAUUUUUGUGCAACAAGCAGUAAGCCCGUAAAAGUUGUUUGUGUGGCAAUAAAGAAUUUUUUCUUGUGUAAAAUAUAUUUUAAUUUGCGAAAUUGUUAGUAUUCGUGUUUAGUGUGAUUUGUAGGAGACGACAUGUCGAUAUUUAUUGUUACAUUAAUUUUCUUUUAAUACAGUCAUGACAUAAUUGUGUUUCUGUGAGAAUAUUUUGGGUUUCUUUCACCUACAUUUCUCUUUUUGUGAUACAGAAUGACCUCAUUUCUUCACACAUUCGUUUGGCUUCAAAAAAGUUGCUGAAUUCGAGAACAGAAAUCCAGAAUCCAUUGGAAAGGAGUUUAUUGUGGUUGUGUGAUUACAGCCAAUGAUGGCCUAACCGACAUGCCUUGCAUCUGCAUCACCUGACCUUAUGUGCUUCACUCAAACGGAAAUUGUGUUCUGCUGGUUUGUGGUUAGAAAAAUAUGAUUCAUGGAUGUUUAACUCAGUGCUUUAGUGUGUGUGACAUCGCCAUCCUUUGAGUGCGUGGUUAGAAUACUUGUCAAAAGAUGGCGUGGAGCCUAUUUUUGUUUUAUUAUUUUAGAAAUGUCGUCAAAAUUGUUCAGAAUUACACAGAAAAGUAGAAAGAAAAUACGAAGUAGUAAAGCCAUAACGAAGAGAAUUUAAUACAGAUACAUGAUACCUCUAAUUAAGUUAAUCAAAAGAAAAGUCUUCGUUGCCGCCAGCACUUAAAGUUCUAAUUUGAGAAAUCGGAAAAAAAACUACCAAAUGGCUUAAAUGGCUUCUGUCUUUAGUUUUCCUUUUCAUCAACUGCACCAACAUCAAGACUGUCAUCAUCACACUUAACAGACAAGAAGUUCAGACAGUAUUAUUGAUGUUUUCUUUCUAUAUUUUUUUACUGGUCGCUUAGCCAGUUUUUUUCUGAUUUAAUUAGAGUAAUUUAAAAUCUUAGAUUAGCACGUGAUCAUCAUGGCAAACAAGAGCUCAGCCAAAAUAAUUAAAUUGAUGGCAAUGAACUGCAGGCGUUACAGUCAUCAUGGAUUCAAAGUAUUUUAAUUACUACAUUAAUUAGUAACGGAUAGACAUCUGAUCAUGGUUAGAGAUUGUUGAGGUCAGUAUCUAAUUUUCCUGUUCUAAUACUGUAUCUUUUUAUUUUAUAAAGCUUUAGGAUAAAUAAAAUAAAUGUAUAUAUUUUGUCAGUUAUCUAGCAAACCUCACCUAGCUGCAGAGCUAUUACAAUCAAAAAGAUUUCGAUAACAUUUUUGAAGCUCACAGUUUAUGUUAGCUGCAUAUUAGUUUUUCAUCUUGAGCUUUACCCUGUAGGUUAGCAUACAAACAGUUAAGUCAAUCUUGAGUCAUAUACAAAUAAAUGUUCAAGUUAUUGUCAAUAAAGCCAGUUUAUUUAGCUUUUUUUUAAAUGCAGUCGUUUUAUCUCUACAUCUAUUGAUACUGCAGAAAUUUUUUAAAAUGAAUUGAGUCAGGUUGCUGAUGAACAACAAACGUGUUUACCUUUUCCUUAAGUUGGAGAACCAGCAGGUCAUGUGAUCUGAAUGUCAUGUGGUCCGUGAAUCCUCCUGAAGUAGUCAUCAAGAUAUCCAUAUCUCACUCAGUCUCUCAAAUGCCCGAGGCGAGCAUAAAGCAAUGUUGUUUGCAGCGAAAACAAACAAUCAGCUCUUGAUGAACAUGCAUUUGUGUACACUGAAUGUUUACUUGCAGCGGCGAUGAUGUUGAUGCCGACGGCGAUAGAACACAAUGACGACUUACACGUGUUUUAUUGACAUGCGUGCGUGCGUUUGCGAAUGCGUUGAAUAAUUAUUGAAUAAUAAUUAAUUGAAUAUUAGCGCAGAAACGAGUCUAGGUUCUUAUACAUGAACUGCAGUUGUUAGCUAAUCCUACAUUCCAGGCAUGGUAAUAUUUUAAUAAAUAACAGAAAAAUAGCUAAAUUUUCGUUUUUUUAUUAUUUUCAUUGCCUUCCAUAAAUUGUGUCAUUAAUUUGCUGGUUUGGUCACAAUAUUAUUAUUAUUGAUGUGUUUGAACAUGAUGUACACAGUGUCUGACAUUUAAUCUGAAAGCAAUGGUGAGCAAUGUCAUAAAGUUGGAUCAAGUAAUUUCAUGUUCAUGUCCGCGUGUUUCUCUCCUCAUCUUUCACAGUAUUUCCCGGGGAAUUUUUUGGGUGCUUCUGUGUGUUUAAGUAUGAAUGUGAAUGUGAAUGUCAAUACUUGGCUUGUAUUAUUGCUGUAAACGACAAAUUUUUGAGUGUAAGUUAUUAUUUUCGAAAUAAGAUUAAUUAACACAUACAGACGUGCGCAUAUAUAUAUAUGAUCCGCAUGCACGAACAUGUUUUAUAGUGUAUGUGUGUGUGUGUGUGUGUGUGUGCUUGGGUGUGUGUGUGGCAUGUAAAUAUACAUAAAUUGAGUGCUUGUAUACUAUAUUACUUUUUAAUAACGUUUGAGAGAUACACUGCAUAGAUAUUCUGAAUAUUAAUUAGCUGAAUUCCAAAUGUUUAAGACAACAAACUUUGUUUACUUGUUUACUUUGACCUGUGUACAGCCUACAGGUCCCACGGGAUGAUAGGCAUCCACAAGAACUCACGUGCCAAGAAACUAAACUCAAAUGAACAAGAAAAGUCUUUCUUCCUCUCUAUCUUUCUUUUUCAUGGUGAUUAAAUGUCAAUCAUGGUCAUAAAA